AUGAGAAGGGAGAUUAAUCUCUGUGUCCACUGCAAGUGCAGCACCACUAACCAUAUUAUUAGGGCCAACAACCACACCUCCAUCCAGAUCUCUAUCAGCAAGGUUGAUGAGAACAGUCGCUACACCAGCGAUAACCAGAGCUAUGUGCUCUGCGGCUUCCUCUGUGCUCAUGGCAAGAGUGAUGACUCCCUGAACCGCCUCUGCCAGUGUGAUGGCAAUGUGCGCAAUGUCUGA